CGUCGGUAGAUCACUGACUCAGAGCUUUUAGGUUUGACGGAGCAAACCGACUGAAACUCAGAUCGUGGAGGACGGGAUUAUAAUCUCAGAUUGAGUUAAAGUGUGAACAUGGCCGCUGGUUUCUGUCUGUGUGCGUGCAGAGGACCGUGGCUCGAUCUCUGCAGAAAAUAAGUCGAGUGCAUGCGUGAAGCAAAAUCUCACAUGUGGAGACUUGAGCAGAAUUUAAAGUUUUAGUUUUUUUUGGGACAUAUCACGGGAAUGCGGUGGAGGACCAGGCGGGUAUAGGUGAUCCUCGAACCCGGGCAGCGAUCCUCACCCUCUGGGCUGGAGAAGGGUGUCUCCCCGCAAGGACUCAAGCGAGAUGCGGGGACGAGUUCUGGACCGACCCACUCCUCCUCCUCCUCCUCCUCCUCAUCAUCAUCGUCACCGGGAUGAGGAGACCUGUGCCGGGGCUGUAGGUCACUGACGUGUCCAUGUCCCGGGGAGGUGAGACCGAGGCGCACGAACACUGUGACCCGCACCUGAGCGCACCGACAUGGAUAAACUCACCGUGAUCUCAGGAUGCCUCUUCCUCGCUGCGGACAUCUUCGCCAUCGCCAGCAUCGUCAACCCGGACUGGAUCAACACCGGAGAAUCAGCUGGCUCUCUGACCGUGGGGCUGGUCCGCCAAUGCCAGACCAUCCACGGUCGAGACCGGACCUGCAUCCCUCCGCAGCUGCCCCCGGAGUGGAUCACCACGCUCUUCCUCAUCCUACUCGGCAUCGUCUCCCUCACCGUCACCUGCGGCCUGCUGGUGAUGUCACACUGGCGCCGCGAGGCCACCCGAUACGCACGAUGGAUUGCCUUCAUGGGGAUGGUCCUGUUCUGUAUGGCCGCUCUCAUAUUCCCCAUUGGCUUCUACAUGAACGAGGUUGGAGGUCAGCCGUACAAGCUGCCCAACAACACAGUGGUGGGCUCCUCCUACGUGCUCUUUGUUCUGUCCAUAUUCUUCACCAUCGUGGGCCUGCUGUUUGCAGGGAAGGUGUGCUUACCUGGCUGACACAACCCGCCCUCUUCCUCCUCUUAUUUUUUGUAUCUUUGAUGAAACACCACAGCUGGAAGUUACUUCUCUGUGGCAGCGUUGGAAGUAUCGUGCAAGUGCUGUGUUUUUUUGAUGAUUUGUCUCUUUGCUCGUUACUUGAGCUGAAAUCGGUGCACUCCAUUGGUCCAUGUGGCCGCUCAGAGAAUGAGCAAGAGCAGAAAGUGCCGUCGUCUUCGUCCGUCCUGAACUGCGAGUGUGAAGCGGCGAACAGACAGAAGCACAGAAAGAAACCUGAUUAAAAUGGAUCAGAACAUCAGGACUUUAAUGGGUAAUAUCUAGCAUCAGAAGAAUGAACGACAGCUGACAAAUCUGCCUUUUUCCUCUCGUCCCAACAACCUAUACACACAUAUUGAGAUGAGAUGGAUAAAUCAAUAUGACUGGCCAAUGUGCAAACAUCAGCCAGUGCCCUCCAAUAUUAUGAUGGAGGUUCUUCCCUGAUCACAGCUACAUGGAACAAUCUGUAAUAUGUACAUAUGAGAAAAUGUCAUUUUCUAAGAACAUUAUUAUUUAUUUGAUGAACUGUUUGGUUCCAUCUUUUUGUAAAGUAAUCUUUUAUUAUGAGGCCUAAUUUUUCAUGGAUCACCUUGCCUUAAAGAGCUGUUAACCUUAAAGUAACUGCAGUGCUGUUGAGUUACAGUUGGAGGUUUGAGUAUCAUGGGAGCUUCUUUUGACAAACUACAACCAAACUUACCAGAAAACUUGCCACUUCACAAACACCAGUGUGAUAAGAGGAAUCUGAAAAUGACAGAAGCCAUCUUUGAGAAAAAUGUACUUCAUCUGUAGUUUGACUUCUUAGUUUGGUCCAUGUCCCUUCCACUAACAUCGUGGAGGUCUUAUACUGCAGCAAGCCACCAGGAGGCGACCGAGAUGCUUGACUUAUGAUUAACCUCCAUGUUCUUUGAGCUAAACUAAAGUUUAGAAUCUGAGCAGCAGACUGACGUCUCCAGUCAGGUCUCUGCUCCAGCUUAUUUUUAGUGAUGUAGUGAGUGUAUCAUUCCUGUUAUUGGAGCGUUUCCUGUUGUUUAAUCACUGUUUGAAGAAAUGACUGAAUCUAAGACUCGUUUGUUUCAUACAGCUGGGACCUUGGUGCCUACUUCAUGUCUUAAUAAAUGAACUGGC